CGGCUUAAGGCGCCUGGCGCGUGCGGGGCUUUGCCCGGGCUCCCGGCCGCUUCCGGGUUCACACGCCUCCCGCGCUCAGCGCCGGCCCCGGCUGCCCGGCCCGCAGCCCAGGCGCCAGCUUCCUCCACCACAGCUGUUGGACCCUGGCCGGGAGAGCUUUGGGUAGAUGGAGAACCGGAGGCGAGAGCUCCUGGAUGCCCUGUGGGAAGAAGAGGAAGAGGACGAGGAUGGCGUGGCUGCCAGUGCCUCCUCCAGCCUCCACCUGAGCAAAGCAGAGGACGUGCAGGUAGAGAUGCUGGAAAAGGCCAGGGAGCUCUUUCAGUUGUGUGACAAGGAGGAGAAGGGCUUCAUCACCAAGCUGGACAUGCAGCGGCUGCAGAGCGAACUGCCCCUGACCCCAGAACAGCUGGAGGCUGUCUUUGAUAGCCUGGAGCAGGACAAUAAUGGGUACCUGACGCCUGUCGAGUUCAGCAUGGGACUAGGGAAGUUCAUAGGGAUUGAGCUGUACCAAGGGUCUGGGAGCACAGAUCACUCCAGACUCGAGGAGACCUUUGAGUCAGGCUGGUCAGACGAUGAAGAGGAGAAGCGAUUUUGUUCAAUGAUGGAGCAGCUCAGCGCAGCCCAGGUCUUUGAAGAUCAGAGUGAGGUUCGGGAGCUUUGGACUCGUCUCCGGAAAGAACAGCCAGAUCUCUUGGCCAACUUUGAGGAGUUCCUGUUCCAUGUUUCAUCAUACAUCAGGGAGGUGCAUGAUGAGAAGGAAUCCAUGGAGCAGGCACUGAAGAGAAAGGAGACAGACCAUGACAGAGAAGUCAGGUGUCUUUAUGAAGAAAUGGAGCAACAGAUCAAAGCGGAAAAGGAACGACUGCUCUUCCAGGAAUCACAGAGGCACGACAGGAGCAACGUGCUGCAGAAGGAGCUGCGCAGCAAGGAGCAGGAGCUUGAGAAAAUACUCUACCGACAGAAAAAGCUGGAAUAUCAAAUACAGUCUCUGAACUCUGAGCAGCUGGAGAUCCGGGUGCAGAACGAGCGGCUCCACCUUCUGAAUGAAAACCUCCUGGAGCAGCUGGAGAGAAGCAAGUGGGAGCUGGAGAUGGCCAAGGGGCAUCUGGAGCGUCUCCAGAAGGAGGCUCAGUGUGAACAGAAACAGAAAGACAGGGAUGUGUUUAGAGUCUCUAAGAACAUGCAGAAAGAGAAACAAAGCCUUCUUCGACAGCUGGAGCUCCUCAGAGAGAUGAACAAGAAGCUUCGGGAUGACAGAGAUGCCUUUGAAGCCAAGAAGCUGGCACCUCAGAGCAAAAGGCCUCUGUUGAAGAAAGGGUCAGUGAUAGGCAAAUGCCUGUUGGAGGACAAGCUGGUCAAACGACAGCUGGUUCCUGGGGAUCUUCCUCUCACUUUCCUGGAGGACAUGACUGUGGAAGAGCCCAACAAGAAGAGCUGUAAAUACUUCCUGGCCACCACAACCCCACUGAAAGGAGAGGGCUGCACCUCAAGCUGUGAGCGAGAGCGGCAGCAAAUGGCGGGGGCUGGGGAUGAAUUGGACAAUGAUUCCCCAUUGUCCUCCAGAGAGCAGCCCAUUGGCACUGAAACCAUGGUACGUGAACCAGUCAGCUCUUCCCCAGAACGUGUCUUCAAAGUGGUGUUUGUGGGCAACUCUGGCGUUGGCAAGAGCUCCUUCAUCCAUCACUUUUGUUAUGACAGGUUCAUGGCUGAGAUCAGUGCAACCAUUGAUAUUGAUUACCAGGUGAAGAGUUUAAUGGUGGAUAACACAUGAGUGGCCUUGCAGCUGUGAGACACAGAGGGCCAGGAGAGGUUUCGGAGCAUCACCAAACAGUAUUUCCGGAAGAUGGAUGGUAUCUUUGUGAUGUAUGACAUCACUGCUGAGUGCUCCUUCGUGGCGGUGCGGAACUGAAUGAUACGGGAUCAGGAUCCAGCCCCGAGAUACUCCUGUCUUCCAAACGGUUCUCACAGGAGCCUUGCUCUGUCUGUCCUGCAGGAAGGGAUUGAGGAUGGAGCCAUGAUCUUUCUGCUCUGAAACAAAAUGGAUGCAGCAGAGAGAAAGACCCAGCACAUGCCCAAGAUGGAGGGAGAAAGGCUGGCGAAGGAAUACAAAGCUGUCUUCUAUGAGUGCUGCGCUAUGACUGGUUAUAACAUCCUGGAGCCCAUGCUGCAUAUGGCAAGGCUGCUGACAGCUCAAGAGGACAAGCAGAAGGAAAGUGCCCUGCACCUGGAAGAUUACCACAAGAGGAAGGGAUGCUGCAUGUGAUGGAGCAAAGAGCAGCUCUCAGGAGCAUGUGGGGGCUGCACAUGGCUGGCUAAGCAGGUUGCCUCCCAGCUAGCUGAGAACUGAUGUUAUCAGCUCCACAGGGACUCAAGGAAGGUGCAAGCUUGUCCCAAGAAGGAAUGUCCAGAUGUUAAAACAAAACAAACUUGUGUGCAACAAAAAUAAUUCUAAUUUCCCUCCGCCUCUAUGCUCUCCUACAGCUGCAGCAUCCCCCCUACCCCCACCCCCACCCCCCAACUCCAGGGACAUAGUGCUUGAGACGUUGCAUUGGCUGCACAGAAAUUGGUUCUCCUCUUUGCUUGUUCCUUUUGUGUCUCACCCCCGAUGGGAAACAAACACAGGUGAACAGAGGGCACCUCUAACACUCCGUUUUAAAUCAACUAAAGCAAUGUCCAACUCUGUAAUAAAGGGAUGAUUAUCUUAAACGGAAAUAGCAUUGGGAGUGUUGGUGUGUCUUAAAGCUGAUGUUUGCUUGGCCUUUGGGAGCGGACUGACUAAUCAGAGUUACUCAGCUAUCUGACCUGCGUGGCUCUUUAUCUCCUUCUAGUGACUGCUCCACUUAAAAGGUAUCUGAGUCUCCUAGCAAUGAGCCUUAAAGGAGGUAGUCCUUUAGUUCAGUGGUUUUCAAACUUUUUUUCUGGUAACCCAGUUGAAGAAAAUUGUU